UUAGAAAUAUUUUCUAUAGAAAUAUACAAGAUUAUUAUUAUCCCAAUUUUAAUCUUUAUAUUUUAUACUACUAUAAUCUUUACUAGCAUAAAGAUUGUGGUAGACUCCGGCGUUGUUCGUGUGUCAAAGUUGGAGACCGGACGCUUGAACGGUUACGUUUGCACUUUCAACGCUCUUCCUACGACCUCUUCGUUUUUACCGCUUAUGGAGAAAGGUAGAGGCAAAAGCCCCGUCACAUUAAUUUGAAGGUUCUAGCUCACGUGACUCUCAAUUGAGACACUGUUUCGUCCUCUCCGACAAUCCCGAAGUAAUAUAGGACAAUGAGGAGACGGAGGAAACAACUCUUGAAAGGAGGGACUGGGGGGCUGUCCUUUGCUCAGGUUAUGGCUCCAAAACAGUUGCUGUCAUCUCCUUUCCCUCUUCAAGUUCCAGCCCUUCCAGACCGAGCGAUUAGCACACAUCGAGGUAUUCCAUGUGUUAGAUUUUCUGCCAAUGAAGUUGAUACAUUAUCUAGUGUUGAUCAUUUCUUGAUUGUUGGUAAGUUCUCCCAUGGUCAACCAAAACUUGAGCUUAUUAAAAAACAUUUUGCCUCCCAAUUUGUGCUGCGUGGUUCGGUGACUAUUGGGUGGAGAGGCCCAAAACAUAUUUUUCUCAAGUUCACACAUCCCCAAGAUGCUACUGAUAUUCUUUUGAAGGAGCAAAUACUUUUUGAAGGCACAUAUCCCAUGCGCUUAUUUCGUUGGACUUCAGAUUUUAGUUUGGAAACAGAAACUCCUAUUUCGCCAGUUUGGGUGUUACUCCAUGAUCUGCCUUUUCAUUAUUUUAAUGACAAGGCCUUAACUUUGAUCUGCAAACCCAUUGGGAAAUAUCUUGGUAUGGACAAAGCCACGUUGGAAGGGAUCAAGCCAAAUCAUGCCCGGGUUCGUGUUGAGAUGGAUCUCCUAAAGCCUUUGGUGUCUAAAGUUUUUAUUGGUACUUCUGUGGAGGAAGGUGAAGAGGAUCAAGGCCCGGCUUCUACUGCUGUACCACCUACGUUUCAGCCAGAGACCCCCUCGGGAUAUUCCUCGGAGCCUGAAGGAAAGGUUGGUUUUAAGGAUUUAGAUUACGCGGACAUUGUGGUUGAGGAAAAAGGAAAAUCUGAGGAACGUCAGUGUUCCUCUCCGAUAAUAGUGGAUGGCGUGGCCAAUGAUGACAAGGUGAUAGCCAAUUCGGCCCCUCCUAUUUCUCGUCAUAUUGACUUUUACGGGGAGAUUCACUUCUAUCCAGUUGAUGAGCAAGGUUAUAUUAUCCCGGUUACUAAGCACGAUGAGGAUUAUCGUUCUAUGAAAGUAUUGAAGACGCGUGCAUUGAAGCUCAUUAGUAACAAUUGGGAGGCAGAUUUUAAAAAGGUAGAUUACGCACGUCACCCAGCGUUGAAAGAGGCCAUGCGAUGGGCUCGCCAGAAGAUUUUAAAGAAUCCCCCUAGAUGCUGAUUUAUGGGGCCUAUGCUGUUCCUAGCCUUCGGGCCACAUAUUUUAUCCCUCAUGGACUUUUUGUUCUGGCUUAGCAUUUUUUUGCCUUCUUUAUUUUGUGGGUGAGUGGGAGUUAUGUUCCCUCCCCCUUCUCUUUAUUUAUUUACUUUACUUUUAGGGUAGGUUGGAGACUUGUUCCUUCCACCCCUUUUCUUUAUUUAUGCGAAUAAAACUGCUUUUAUUUA